UGUUUUUGAUUUUCAACGAUAACAGAUUAAGGAAUCCUUGAAUAUAAGAAGUUUGUGAGUUGAACGAAUACUCAAAUAUAUCUGGGACACUGAAACAUUCUUGUUAAAACUAAUUUUGUUAGUACAGUAGAAAUAAAGGAGUAUUAAAAUGCUUUCACGAUCGGUACUAAAAGGAGUAUCAUGUCAAAAGUUGAUGCAAGCAUUCUCAACACAAUCAGCACAUGCUACAGGAUAUAAUUUUGAAUUAUCAGAUACUCAAAGAGAGAUGCAAGAACUAGCAAGGAAGUUUACAAGGGAAGAAAUUAUUCCAGUAGCUGCUGAAUAUGAUAGAACUGGAAAAUAUCCUUGGGAUAUUGUUAAGAAAGCAUGGAGCGUAGGACUUCUAAAUAAGCAAAUUCCUCAACACUGUGGGGGCAUGGAAUUUGGUACUUUUGAUGGAUGUUUAGUUGCUGAAGAAUUGGCUUAUGGUUGUACAGGAAUACAAACAGCACUAGAGGGAUCUGGUUUAGGUCAAGCUCCAGUAAUUAUAGCUGGAACAAAAGAGCAACAAAAGAAAUACCUUGGAAGACUUCUUGAGGAACCACUUGUAGCUGCAUACUGUGUUACUGAACCUAGUGCUGGAUCAGAUGUAUCAGGUAUCAAAUUGAAGGCUGAAAAGAAAGGAAAGGAAUGGGUCCUUAAUGGAACGAAAAUGUGGAUAACAAAUGGUGGUGUUGCUAACUGGUAUUUCGUAUUAGCAAGAUCAAGUGCUGAUCCACAAGCGCCACCUAAUAAAGCCUUUACAGCUUUCAUUGUUGAACGGGAAAGCAAGGGCUUAACACCCGGUCGCAAGGAAAUAAACAUGGGCCAAAAAGCAUCCGAUACACGAAUGAUAACGUUCGAAGACGUCCGUGUUCCCGAAGAAAAUGUUUUAGGCAAAGAGGGCGAUGGUUUUAAAAUUGCUAUGAAAACCUUUGAUAAGACUAGACCACCGGUGGCAGCCGGCUCUGUUGGCUUAGCUCAAAGAGCACUAGAUGAAGCUACAAAAUAUGCUUUGGAACGUAAAACCUUCAAUAAACCAAUCGCAGAACACCAAGCAGUAGCAUUUCUUCUAGCGGAUAUGGCAAUUGGCGUUGAAACGGCUAGGCUUGCGUGGAUGAAAGCGGCUUGGGCAUCCGAUCAAGGUCUUCCAACAACAACAAUACUUGCCAGCAUUGCAAAAUGCUAUGGCGGUGACAUAGCUAAUAAAUGUGCAACGGAUGCUGUACAAGUCUUUGGUGGCGCUGGUUUUAACACGGAAUAUCCGGUAGAGAAAUUGAUGCGAGAUGCAAAGAUAUAUCAAAUCUACGAGGGUACUGCACAAAUUCAAAGACUAAUUAUUUCGCGUCAAAUCAUUAAUGAGACUAAACAAAGAAGUACAUAAACGAUCAUAUCCUUAAUAUG